AAAAGAGUAAGGAACCGUAAAAGCCGAUGGAUUUCAUGAAAGGUGUCAUGAACACAAACAUUACAUAAACAAAACGUACAAGUUCCAUCAAAAUCGCUUCUCACUCACUCUAACUCCCAUUUUCACACAAAUAACUUCCAUUUUCCUCAUUACCCUAACUUAUCAACACUUUCCAGAUUCUCUCUCUCUCUCUUAGUGCUUAUUAGAAGUUGGAAUAUAAAUUGUUGCUGGGUAGAUGGAGGAUGAUAAUAAGAAAAGGAGAAAAAAUAAGAAGAAAAAGAACAAGCAAAACAAGAAUAAUGUCGAUAUUGGGGUUGGAGAAACAGUUAUUAGGGAUCAUAAUUUAGUGAAUGAUAAUGGUAAGGAUCAGCAUGUUAGUCUUUCCGAGACUGCGGAUAAUUCAAUUGUGGGCCGAGAAACAGGUAACGGGGAUCAUAAUCUGGUUAAUGGUGCUAAGGAUGAGCAAGUUAGUAUUUCUGAGGCUGUGCCAAAUUCUACCAAGGAUGGAGAAUCACGUGCCAGGGAUCAGAAUCUGGUGAGUAAUGGUAAGGAUGAGGAUGCUAGUCUUUCUGAGGUUUCAGCAAAUUCGAUUGUGCAUGGAGAGACAGACGCCAGAGAUCAAAAUCUAAUCAAUAAUGGUAAGGAUGGGCAUGCUAUUCUUUCCGAGACUGCGGAAAAUUUGAUUGUGGAUGGAGAACCUGGUGUCUUGGAUCAUAAGCCGCUGACUAAUGCUAAGGAUGAACAAGUUAAUCUUUCUGAGCCUAAUCUUUCUCAGGCUGCAGUAAGUUUGAUCAUAGAUGGAGAAAUAGAUAGCAGAGGUCAUAAUCUGGUAAAUGAUGCUAAUGAUGAACAAGUUAAUCUUUCUGAGGCGUUGGUAUAUUCAAAUGGGUAUGGAGAAACUUCAACCAGGGAUCUAAAUCUUGUGAAUAAUGCUAACGAUGAUCAUGCUAGUAUUUCCGAGACUGCGUCAAAUUCGAUUGGGGAUGGAGAAAUAGGUACCAGGGAUCAUAAUCUAGUGAAUGAUGCUAAGGAUGAGCAAAGUGUGACUGUGGAUUGGAAUGGAGAUGUGGAAGUUCCAAUCAGAGAUUUGAAUUUGGUGAAAAGUGCAGAGGGCGAGCCUGCUCAACCAAUGGAGUCUGCAGACGGGCAAAGUACUAAUAUGGAUUCCAAUGGACAUCUGCCAAAUGGUAAAGAAUGUGACAUAUCAGAUGAAACAAUUAAAAAAUUAAAAGAAGAAAAUGCUAUGCUUAUUCAGAGAGAGACCAUAUCAGAAGAGACCAUCCAUAAAUUGAAAGAAGAAAUUGAUACACACAUUCUUAAAGGGGUCAUGUCAGAAGAGACAAUCAGGAAGCUGAACGAAGAUAAAAAUAUGCACAUUCUGAAAGAGACCAUAUCUGAAGAGACUAUCAGAAAAUUGGAAGAACAAAAGGACAUGCAUGUGGAAAAGGAGGUUGCACUAGAAGAGAGUAUCAGAAAAUUGAAAAAAGAAAUUGAUAUGCAUGUUAAGAAAGAGGCCAUAUUAGAAGAUACAAUUAGAAAGUUGAAUAAGGAAAAUGAUACUCACAUGCAGAAAGAGGCCACUUCAAAAGAGACAAUAAGAAAUUUGGAAGAAGAAAAUGAAGUCUACAUUCAGAAAGAGGCCAAAGCAGAGGAGACAAUUGCAAAAUUGAAAGAAGCAGUUGAUAGACACAUUCAUAAAGAGGUUACCAUGGAAGAGAUUAUCAAUAAAUUACAAACUGAAAAUGAAUUGCAGAAACAAAAGCAGACUGAUUUAGAGGUGAGAAUUGCACAAUUGCAGAAUGAGAAUAAUUCUUUACUUCAAAAAGAGGUUGGGUUGGCGGAAAAAACAAAUCUGUUACUGAAUGAGAAGGCUGGAUUGGUGGAAAAAGUCAAUAUGUUAUUGAAUGAAAAGGAGGGUUUAGAGCAGAAAGUAAAUAUUCUGGAGAGCAAUUUGAGUUCCUUUAGUGAGAAAGAGGCUGGAUCGGUGGAUACAACCAAUCUGUUACUGAAAGAAAAGGAGGGUUUAGAGCAAAAAUUAAAUAUUCUGGAGAGCAAUUUGAGUUCCUUUAGCGAGAAAGAGACUGGUUUGGAAAUGAGAAUAGCACAAUUGCAGAGUGAGACCAAUUCCUUACUUCAAAAAGAGACUGGAUUUGUUGAAAAAACCAAUCAGUUGCUGAAUGAAAAGAACAUUUUGAGCCUAAAAGUGGACAGUUUAGAGCGAAAAAUAAUUCAUGCGGAGAGUGAUUUGAGUUCAUUUGUUGAGAAAGAGAACUCAACUGAAGAAGUUAUUUCGAAUCUGAAUGGAAGCAUCAGCAUGCUACAAGGGCAGGUAUCGUUAUCCUUAAAUUUCCUCAUCCUUAUCUUUGAAACAGUAUCUUGUAGUGUUCAGUUUCGGAAUCAGAAUGGACUGCUAUUGCAUGUGGCAGAGUUGGAAGAGUCCAAGAAUAAUCUUUUGCUAGAAAACCAGCAGUUGAGGGAAAAUAGUAGCUCUUCUUCCGCUUCACAGGAUGCUUCUGCAAAGGACCGUGCUUCUGAAAACGAGGAGUUGAAAUCUCAAAUUGAAGAGGCCUAUAUGUUAGUGGAAAAAUUGAUGGCUGAAAAUGCUGAACUUGUUGAGAAGGUCCACAUGCUAUGUGUUGAGCUGGAUCGACCAGACACGGAAAUCAAACUUUCUGAAGUUACUGGACCUGAUGGUUUGACUGAAUUUGUUAAAUCUUCUGAACCCGAAUCAUCUGAGGCUACGUCUAUAUCUGUGCCGGAGUUGGAUUCAUUGGAAAAGACUUUGGUGGUGAAUGAUAAUAGCGACUCUAUUCAUGCCGAGCAUGCAAGAGAUCUACAGCUGGUACCAGAUGAUAUUGAAGAAAUUGUUCAAAUUCCACUGGAUGAUAAUGAUGUAAGAGAUCUACAGCUGCAGGAUACCAAGAAUGUGGAAAAUGAUGAUGCUGUGCCAAUAACAGAUGCUCCUCUUAUCGGUGCUCCAUUUCGUCUGAUAUCAUUUUUUGCUAAGUAUGUUAGUGGUGCUGAUUUGGUUAGCCAAAACUCCUCAAAUACCAGUAAUUGAUUUUAAUAGUGGGUGAAACAGACAAUUAUCAUUUUUGUAUGGCAGUAUAUAACAUACAGUAACCUCACUUACACUAGUCAGAAAUACAAAUAUAGGCUGGAGCAAAUUGGGUCCCAUUUUAGUAUCUGUAUGCCAAUUCUUUGAACAUUAGGAUAUAUUGUACUGGCAUACUGGGAAGCAGUAUAGAGUUUUAUAUUUGAGUGUUCUUCACUUCAAAUUGCCUUCGUAGUUGGAAACCACACAUUUGAAAAUUGGCAUAAUUGUUAGCAGCCAACACUCAGGUGGGAUUUAGUCCCACAUCGGAUAGAUAGGAUUCUUGAGAAGAGUUUAUAAAAAGGAGGCACUCCUCACCGUACAAGCCGGUUUUGUAAGGAUGAGUUAGGUCUCGAUAUUCGUUACAAUAAUGAGUAUGACUCUAGGGUGCGUUUGAUAAGAAAUCAGGUUGUGUUUGGAUAUACAUUUAAUUGAGCUCUUUUUGAAUAAAUGUUUAUCACAGAAGUAUUCAUAUGUAAGUUAUUUUUAUAAUGGGAGAAUGUUGUUGAACUGUUUUUUAUUUU